UCUUAGUUCAGGUGAUUGGUUAAAUGCAUGUGUUGCUAUUGAAAGAGCAUUUACUGCUAUUCAAGGAUUAAAUUUUAACAAAUCAAAAAGUAAAUAUAUAGCGAAAUGUGUUCUACCAAUAAUAUUUCUAUUAAUAAUUAUUUCUUAUAUUCAUGAUCCAAUAUCUCGUGAAUUAUUUGAUGAUGAAGAUGAAUCAAGAAUAUGGUGUAUCGUAUAUUAUUCAUCAAAAUUAAAAAUAUUUGAUACAUUUAUCAAUAUAUUUCAUUUUUUAACACCAUUUAUAAUUAAUUUUCUAUCUGCUUUAAUUAUCAUUACUAAAGUAUUUAAAACUCGCACAAAAAUUCAAAAAAAUUUAAAACAUAAAACUCUUAUUUAUGCUGAAAUCAAACGACACAAACAUCUUCUUAUUGCACCAUGUGUUUUAAUUAUCUUAGCUUUACCUCGUUUGAUUAUAUCGCUUCUCUCUCGAUGUAUGGAAUCAGCUCGUGAUCCAUGGCUUUUUCUCGCCGGUUAUUAUGUUUCAUUUUUACCAUCUUUACUUAUCAUUGUAGUAUUUGUAUUACCUUCAGAAAAGUAUAAAGAUGAAUUUCUUAGAAUACUAAGAAAAAAACAUUUCCGCUGUCGUCAAUAA